CCAGACUUAGUGUUGCAUCAUGAUGAGGAUCCGAUUCCUGAGUACCAUAACUAUGCUUUGGUUCCAGGUAUGUACCCCACACUAUUUCCGUUUGGAAUUGGUGGGUUUGAGGACCCUUCUCGUCCUGUCGCGCUGUCUUUUGCUGCUCAAGCAUCAGUUUAUUUUGACAUUCCUGAUCGCAUUUUCCGAUUUCAUCACUCAUAUAUUUUUGUGGUGUUAAAUAUUGUCCAGAGACGCAAAGCACAUCUCCAUACAUCAUUUUCUAUGCGCAAAACUGGUUUUGAGGACUUUAGCAAGGAAUUAGUCGGUCUGUCGCCAUCAGUCAUUCAAUCUGCUGCCCAUCACUUGGAGAACGAAAGAAACAUGAGCGAUAUGAAUGACCAACAGAAAAAGGCCCUUCACUUGCUCCAACAUGUCAACACUAUUUCCGCCAAGAUUCCUGGUUCUCAGGCUUUCAAAACAUUCAUUCGCAGUGAAAUUCGUGGAUUCAUGGGCUCGUUUGGACUACCUACAUUAUAUUUCACAGCAAAUCCGAACCCACUCCAUAAUCCCAUUUUUCAGGUGAUGUGUGGAGAUGUAACAGUUGAUCUCACAGAGCGUUACCCAGUCUUAGUUCCAACUCAUGAAAGAGCCCUUCGAUUGGCACGCGAUCCUGUUGCUGCUGCCGACUUCUUUGAAUUCUCUAUCAGAAGCAUCUUUCAGCACUUAUUCGGUUGGGAUUUUGAGUUACAUCGUUCAACAGACCGAGGUGGGAUUCUUGGACACAUCAAGGCUUUCUAUGGAACAGCAGAG